UCGUGACCUAUGUGACAUCCGGGCACUCAUAUGCGUGAAUUUGUUGCGCACGAAAACUACGAUUCUAUCGUCGUUACUCACAAAUCAGAUUUUCUUUGACACGUAAGAUAGCAGAGAAGAAUUAUGUCUGGAAACGAUGAACAAAUCGAGUGUCCAUUGUGUAUGGAACCUCUAGAAAUUGAUGAUAUAAAUUUCUUCCCAUGUACCUGUGGAUAUCAGAUCUGCAGAUUCUGCUGGCAUCGGAUACGGACAGAUGAGAAUGGACUGUGUCCAGCUUGCAGAAAGGCAUAUCCAGAAGAUCCAGCCAAGUUUAAUCCUCUCACAGAAGAUGAACUUCAGAGGAUAAAGAAAGAAAGACGCCAAAAAGAUCUGCAGAGAAAACAGAAAGCUGCAGAAAACCGCAAACACUUGGCAAAUGUCAGGGUAGUACAGAGAAACCUCGUGUUUGUUGUGGGGCUGUCAACAAGACUUGCCGAUCCAGAAGUGUUAAAGAAACAUGAAUAUUUCGGGAAGUUUGGAAAAAUACAUAAAGUUGUGAUAAACCAAAGUACUUCCUAUGCUGGCGCCCAGAAACAAUUCCAGGGUCCCAGUGCCAGUGCUUAUGUGACAUACAACAAAACAGAAGACGCCUUGAAGGCCAUAACCGCUGUGAACAAUGUCCAUAUAGAUGGGCGGACGUUGAAAGCCUCUCUUGGCACAACCAAAUACUGUAGCCACUUCCUCAGGGGUACUCAAUGUCCAAAAACAGACUGCAUGUAUCUUCAUGAACUAGGGGAAGAAGCAGCUAGCUUUACUAAAGAAGAAAUGCAAGUUGGCAAACAUCAAGAGUAUGAACAAAAACUGGUAGAACAAUAUAUAAACAGCCAAAAUACGGCCCACAAUCACCAGCAUAGUAACAAAGCUGGGAGUAGGAAGAAAACAACCUCGCCUACACAAGUUAUACCACAGUCGGCCAGUCCCCCACAGUGUGUCAACCACAGCCCACCCUUACAGAAUUCUACAGCACACAACAACACACAACAGGUCCCGCCAAACACAGCAAACAAAGAGGCAUGGCCAACUUUACAACAGAGUGGGGGCGGACCCUCCACUAAGCCAGCCAAUCAAACGAGCUCAGGGGCACCGCCUCCUCCGCUGGUAAACGGUACUGAAAGAAGCCCAGAUAAAAACAAGCCAGACAGAUCUACUAGCAAGCAAAGACAAACUCCAGACACAAAUACAGAUAUGCAAACUAGACCUCCUAGCAGUACAACAGACAGUGUGCCAGUCAGUGUACCAGUGACGUCAUCCCCGCCACGUCUUUCCAUGACUAGCCCCCAGGCCCUUCUCACUUCCCUCGGCAACAAGAGAAAACAGCUUGGCCUGGAUAACUCGGACAACCUUUCCUUAUUCAGCAGUAUCAACGGCUUUCACGGAGCUCGUAAUCCUAAACCACCAGUACAACCUGAAGUACCAGAAGUAUCCACUACUGAAAUCCCUGACAGUCUCCCGGUGAACACAACUACAGACUGGCAGGCAGCAUUCGGUUUCGGCCAAACACAAACCAACAACAACAACAACACAUUUAACAACAGCAAGGACUGGCAAGAUGAUGAUUUAGGUUUUGAUCCAUUGGAAGAGUCAUCACGAGGGCUGGCAGAUUUACUGGAGAAAGAGAGCAAGUCUGGUAGUGUCCCUGCAGGUUUCCAGAGUAACCAAUUAUCCGGCUUCUCCCUUCCACAGAGACCCCCACAUAACUUGCCCCCAGGGUUUUCACAUAGUCAGAUCCCCCAGCCAGCACUUAUAGGUGGCCUCCCCAGCACUCGAACAUUGCGCCCCCAACAAGAUGCGGUGUCUAGUCGAAUGUUUGGUAUGAUGAAUCAACCACUCGAUUCCUCGUACCCGAAUAUGUUCUCCAAUCUUCUCAACAGUAAACACCAGCACAAUUCACAAACACAGAAUGAUUGUUAUAAUGUAAAAGAUUGGCAAGAUGGCCUUCGAGCAUUGUUACCAAAUAUAAACAUCAGUUUCGGCCAACCUCAGUCAGAUACACGGCCAAACACACAGCAUAAUCCUACACAAAAAAAUACAAACUGGUCGGCUCCUGCACAGGCGAGCACUGAACAGUCCUCUUGGAUAGCAUACGACCCAGCAAUACUCACCUCUGGCAAUCGUGCUGAUGGUAGCCUCAGUCUCCAGGACACCCACUGGCUCACUCUGGCCGACUCUGACCCAAACACACACAGAUUGCCAUUUGUACAGCAAUUACCUGUCAAAAACACAGUAUGGCCCCCACAGACACACAAUCCGCCACCAGGCUUUCAGACCCACAUAAGACCCCCGCUACAGACCGCAGACCCUCACAAGCUCGCAGAAGGUUUACAGUAGGAUAUUGGAUAAGUGAUCUGCUAGGAAGCAUUGGCUCCUCGUCGUCAUCUUCAGCUUGUGUUUGCCAAGUUACUUCCCCUUGCCUGCUACACAGCUGUUCUCUCACUUUCUCGAACAAAUUACGCUCAACAUUAACUGUGAAGCAUCAUCGUUUGAACUUUUAAUUCACUUUAUUGACACUGUCAUCAUUUUGAAUUUUGUACAUGUCUACAGUAUUUAAUAGAGUAUUGAUUUUGAUUACAAUUGGCAUGUGGAAAUGCUAUAAGAUACAAACAUUUUACUACAGCUUUAAUUCUACAGUGUGUUAAUUUUAUGAAACUGAAAAGCAAAUCAUAACAUUUGUAAUAUAAUUAACAUGUUAGGUAACAUACAAUUUUGUGAUGAACAUGUACAUUAUACCAUUUGAUUUAUAUAUAACCAGCAUUAACGAGAAAUCUUUUUGUUAGAUAAGAUGAUUUCAACAAAUUUUAAGUCUUUUUCUUUCAUCAAACAUUAUAUAUACUUAGUGGUCAACAUUAUAUUUUGUCCAAUGAGAAGGCAGUAUUUCGCAAGUUUUCCAAUUCAUUUAUUUCAGUCAAUCAGAUCAGUUGUUUUGAUUUUAAUAAGGUGAAGCGGUAAAUAUAAACAGUGACUGGCUCAGUUAAAUGGGUAGUUUACACAAUAUAAUGUAGACCACUAAAAAAGGAAUAAUGUUAGUAUGAACUUGCACAAAAUAAAUGGUAUCGCAUCUUCAAGUACAUACCUACCAUCUAUAACCAUUACAGCAAGCAGUGUUGUUUUUUUCUGCUGUGUUUAUGUAAAUCUUGUCUUUUCGAAAUAAAUGUUAAUUGGUAGGAACCUGCGUGAAAAUACACAUGAUAAAUUUUGCAUGAUUUGCUCAAUACCCGAGUGAUUUUUGAACAUCAUUAAUCAUUUUAAGAGUUUAUACAUGUAAUGUGCCAUUUCUUCAGUUUAUUGUAAAAAGUGAGAAACUUUGAGCCAAGCUUCAUAAUUAAACGUCAAGAGAACUGAUAUGUAUUAAAAGUAUUGGCAACAAUUCUCGAAAUCACUUAUCAAAUAAAAUUGUUGUGUGUUUUAGUAUCUUAUUACUGGCUUCGACUUCAUUUUUCAAAGAAAAAAUAGUUUUUCAGAAUUUCCCUUUAAAAUAAUUUACAUUAAAGGCGAAAAAUAUAUGUUGAUGCUGAAAUUAUUUUUUAAUUUGAAUGCAUUUUCAUGUCUAACUCCUUUGACUUUAAUUAUCAAAACUUAAAAAUCCAAUAAAGAAAUAGUUAUAAUUCAUGUAUUUAGUAGGCUGGUAUGUGAUUUAGUCAAGGGUUGACUUUUUUCUGUGAAGGAGCGUAAAACAAUAUUUCCCUUGUAGGGAAUUGCUGAAAUUGAUGACAUUGUCUAAAGAUUUUUAUAACAAUGAUGAUAAAGUACACUGUCAUUGCCUUAUUAAAACAAAUUAGUUCUCUUGGUGUUAAAUGCUUCACUCCAAAUUCUGUGAUGCUAUUUUAUUUCAUUCGUUUUUCUCUCCUCCAUUCCUAGUUAUAUGUUCAUACACAGGCAAGGCUACGCCCCUUUCCAGUUUUCAUCAUUUACAAUUAUCGAUGUACCCUUUAACUGGUCGCAAGUCAAAUUUAGAUUGUUGAACAAUAAUUCUUGUUUGGUAAGUGGGAAGUGUGUUUAAAUGUUUAUUAGAAAAUAUUGAGAUGUUCUGAAAAAAGAAUGCCAAAAUGCUCCUAAAAUUGAUGGGGUUUAUACUAUGUGUAAAACGUUUCAAAUUAACCAUUCGAAGAUAUUUCGAAUUACUCCAUGCCUAAUGUUGCUUUGUCCGAGAGACAAGUGAAUGGAAAGGUUGUCAUUGUAAUCGCAACUUGUUGUAAGACAAAGGUUUAUGGUCAAAUUAUUAGAACAGUGAUGCCCUGAGUAGCUUAUGAUUGUAGCGGAUAUUGUGGUGUUGCUACUUUGGAAUUAUUAGGGCCAAUGGCUGUUAAAGUUAUGAUAUAUGGCUGGCAUUAAAACCAAAUAAAUACUAUCAACAUA